GAUCACGUGACACUCAUGCGCGCUGGCGCUGUGAAGGGGGCGGGGCCUAAUAGUUAUCCAAUCAGCCGCGCCCCUGGAAAGGGGUGGGCAGUCGCAACGCCCGGUGGACUUGGCCACUUCCUCCCGCAGCGCUGUCACUCGGUCUCGCCGGUGCGACGCCGUCUCAGGUCUGUUUGCCGCAGCCCUUGUCCCUGUGUGACCUGCAGUGACCGUGGGAGCCGUAGGGAGGACGCCAGGGCACCCCAGCAGCCGGAAAUGAUGUCUGGGAUGUUUCAGGACUCCGUGACCUUAGAUGAUGUGGUUGUGAACUUCACUCUGGACGAGUGGAACUUGCUGGAUUAUUCCCAGAGGGAACUCUACCGAGAUGUUGUGGGGGAAAUCUUUAUGCACUUGGCCUUUAUAGGGGAAAAAUGGAACCAGAACAUUGAAGAUUGGUACAGAAAUCAGGGGAGAAAUUUAAGCAGUCACACCGUAGAGAGCCUUUGCGAGGGUGAUGAAGGUGGUCAGUGUGAAGAAACUUUCCCCCAGAUUCCAGAUCAGAACUCGAACCAGAAAACGCUUCCUGGAGUGAAAUCCCAAGAGUGCUGUGUGUGUGGAGUAGUCGUCUUACCUCAUUCAUCCUCGUCUGACCCCCUCCCAUCUCCCGCGGGACAAAAAUUACGUGAACAUCAGGAAUCAGAAGGGAAACCAUACACGUGUAGGCGGUGUGAGAAGGUUUUAAGCUGUUACUACCCUUUCCAGCGUGAUGCUAGGAGUCACACUGGAGAGAAGUCCCACGAGUGCCGAGGACACGAGGAAGCCUUCAUUCCUGUCGCCAGCCUCGGCGGGUAUGUGAUCGCACAUGCUGGGGGGGGACCGCAUAAAUGCUCUGUGUGUGGGAAGGGCUUGCAGUACCCCAGUUCACUUAGAAUCCACGAGAGGAUUCACACUGGAGAGAAACCCUUUGAGUGUAACCAGUGUGGGAAAGCCUUCAGUUGUGCAGGUUCAGUUCGAAGACACCAAAGAACCCACACUGGAGAGAAACCUUACACAUGUAAGGAGUGUGGGAAAGCCUUCAGUUCCCUCUCAGGCCUUCAGGGACAUAUGAUGAGGCACACUGGAGGUGGUCCUCAUAAAUGUAAGGAAUGUGGGAAAGUCUUUAACUCCCCCAGUGCCCUGAAAAAACAUGAAAGAACUCACACGGGAGAGAAGCCGUAUCCAUGUAAGCACUGUGGGAAAGCCUUCAUCUGUUCCACUUCAGUUCGAAAACAUGAAAGGACUCACACGGGGGAGAAACCCUACGAGUGUAAGCAGUGUGGGAAAGCCUACAUUUCUCUCUCGGGCCUGCAAGGACACAUGAUAAGGCACACUGGAGAUGGGCCUUACAAGUGCAAGUUUUGUAGGAAGGCCUUUGGUUCUCCGAGUGCAGUUCUGAGGCAUGAAAGCGCUCAUGUUGUGUAGGAUUCCUACGACUAAAAAGUAUGGGAAAGCUCCAUCUGUCUUCUGAGCAUGAAAGACACACAUAACACAGUAGAGAUUCAUCUGACAAACGCAGGGUAUCUGAGGAAGCCGAGGAAACUGACUAUUCCGAGUACAGAAAAUUUCACAUUGGAGAGAAACACUAUGAAUGUAAGGAAUAUGGGAAAGCUUUAGACCGUCAGAGUUUGUGUGGAGUGCCUGGGCUCGCUCUGGUAAAAAACCCUGUGAAUAAAAAAUGAAAUGAAACUUA